AGGAGCCCAGGUUGGAGCACCUGAUGCCUUUCUUCUUCUCUUGAAAGAGAGAGAAAGAGAGAGAAGCAGGCGGUGAGGCUCAGGGCGAAGGCUGUGCCCUCCUGGCUUCUCAGCGGAAUCACAGUGACACCGGGCGAAAGGGAGGAUGGCUCAGCCCAGGGUCCUGGUCCUCUUGCUGGUUUUGCUCGUGGCCAGGAGAGGCCUCUCGCUCAAGCUCUACCAGGCCGAGUCCGUCUACGGCUGCAUCAACGCCGCUCUCUCGGACGCCAGCAGGGCCUUCCUGGGGGAAAACUCCCCCUUGGAAAAGAGGAGCUUUGGGCUGCGGUCGGGAGGCGAGGAGGAGGCCGAAGACGAGGAGGCCGAGGAGGAGGGGAAGGGGAAAAGGACGUACCCGGGGGUCACGCGCUACAAGUCGCUCUCCCAAGCGCAGGGCAAGGGCAAGGCGCCCCCGGGCCCGGCCAACAGUGACCGGCGCACUAAGUUCACCCUCUCCCUUGAUGUCCCCACCAACAUCAUGAACAUCCUCUUUAACAUUGCCAAGGCGAAGAACAUGAGGGCCAAGGCGGCUGCCAACGCCCAGCUGAUGGCGCAAAUCGGCAGGAGAAAGUGACCAAGACCGGGAACGGAGAGAGGGAAGGGGCCACCACCCUUGAGCCCCCGAAAAAAGCGUUUGCUCUUGCCUUUCCUUCCCUCCAAAUCCCCAUCGGAAUAACUGUCUGCUGUACUAUACGACACAAGCGCUGUAUAUUUUCCAGUCCUCCAAAGCUAUUUCACAUUCGUGCUUCAUUUUUCCCCACCACCUCUUUCUGUUUCAUUUCCCCCCCUCCCGGCGGAACCCGUCCAAAGUGGAGCCAAUAUCUGGAAUACUUAACUUACCCUCCAAAAAACGAAGGGCAAAUUGUUCAUUUUCCAUGACACGGGCUGCAAUUAAAGCAAAUUCUCUUGA